AUGGACCCGGCAGAUCUAACGGCAGAGACAAGUGCUGCUGUUGCCGACAUAUGCUCCAUCGUCUCUUUCGGUCAAACUUUGUACAACCCCGUGAACAAUGUCACUUUACAUUGUGUUCAGCUGACUGACUCUCAAAUUCCUCAGUUAAGGCGAGAGCGUCUCGAGGAAGCCGAAAGGGUGCUACCCUUUCUGAUAUACGAUUUACCUGUUACCACUGAAUCCAAUAUUCAACCGAGCUUGGCUUUGAAAGAUGUUGUUCGUUGCCUACCGUUCCUAAAUAACGGAACAAGAUUAUUGAGGUCAAUUCUUAUAGAGGCUCCAGUGACAUUUCAUCAGAUUGUAGAUAUGCUGGUUGGAAUACACGAUUUCUUACCUCCGAAUUGUCAGAAGAAAAUCGGAGACCUGCUAUAUUCCAUGUGCAGUGUGGAUUCAAAUACAUUGGAUAAUGCAGCUGUUAUAAGAUCAAAAAUAACAAAUCGUCAUAUUCUGCCUGCUCUGGCAUUGCGACUGACUUUGAACUACUGUAAUGAUGAGAGACAAUGGGGCUCAUUACAAUCCUUGGCUGACUCGAUACAAAGGAAAAUUUUUGAAAAGAUGCAGCUCGAGUUGGAGAAUUCUGAGCCAUGCCAAGUACAAUUAUGUAUCUUGUUACACAUAGUAUGCUUACUUGCCAACAUGUCAGCUACACUAUUUGAACAACGAGAGUUGGAGCUUUGUAUGGAAGUUAUGAAGCAUGCGCAAUCAGAACGACUAGUCAAAUUGAGUCUGUGCUUUGUAUUGAUGAGCGUGAAUCAACCAAAUUUGUGGUCUGGGGACGGAAUAAGAUUGACUCUCAGGAAACUGACGAAAUCUGAGCACUCGCAGUUGUUCAUGUUGAUUGCCCUAUAUAUUAAUACCAGGCAGUACAGAGAAAUAGAAGAGAUAGUCUCUGCCACAUUAGGAACCGAAGUAUUAUUACAUUUUUCUACAAAUCCAUGGAAACAGCUGGAAGCUAUUUUUGUGUCAGAUUUAUUUCCGGAUGAAAGUCUAGCUCAGGGAGCCCUACUUCUGGAUCCAUCCACAUUCUCAGGACUAGGGGUUUCAAACGACCCCGAACAUUUGUCCUUGAAAGUUUUCUUCCAACUACUGAAAGCUGGAACAUUUCAUAAAACAUAUAUUGAUAUUCAGAAUUGGAUUUACAGUCAGAUUAUUCAAGCGACUACACCGGUCCACCCUGAGAUGGGACCAAUGCUACGAGAAUAUGCUUCAAGUAUAUUUAAAUGGAACACAAAGGGAAAGAGCCCGAUAACACCUAUUCCCGAAUCAAAAAUUAAAGCAUUGUUUCAGACAACUCUUGUAGAUAUAUCAGCUUCCCAUGUUUUGAUGUUGUUAUAUGUAUUGUACUACAAUGAGCAAGUCCGUAUACAAGUUAAACACAACGUUGAAAAAUGGAGAGAGGCGACAACAAUGGCUUAUUCAGUCAAUCUUCUGGAAUCGAUACCAAUACGAAGGAUCCUUACAUUUAGCGAGACUGCCGACAAAGGAAAAGCCUUUUAUGACAUUUAUCCUGAGCUUUUAGGUCUCGUAGCUGCCAAUUAUCCCGAAAUGUUUGACGUUGUCAGCUUACUGAUCGAAGAAGAGCGAAAUCCACAGUCGGACGUUGAUCUGCCACGAAUGAUUGAAAAAAUUCCUCCCUCUGAUGUUAUUGCGACGGAAUUGGAAUCAGUUAUGAAAAUGUGGCUUAGAGCUCCGGAUAAUGCAUAUUCAGCAUUGAAAAGUAUGGCAACGUGGCCCCCAACGUGUUUAGCUGUCAACGCAAAGACAAUUAUAUCUGCUUCUCUUCCGAGGCUUCUUGAUUCAAGGACGCAAGAGAGAUUCCUCGACGCGUUCAGACAGAUAUGGGAAUCAAUGAAUAGUGUUAUCCCUCAUGAGUUAGCCGUACUGACUGUCAAUGCAUUAAUGCCGCAAAGUCAAGAAGAACAACUGAACAAGAAAGCUGAGCCAUACAGUCAGCAACAACUUAUGAUGGAUCCACCACUAUUGUUGAGAUGUGAUUCACGAGUUUUCCGAUGUCCUACAAUAUUCAGGAUAUUCAUUCGGCUUGUUGGGUUUUAUCUGGUGGGAUCUCGGCACAGAUUCAGACGGCUGUAUGAAUGCGAAAGAGCACACAUCGAUCAAUCCCGUUUUUCGGAUAAAAACUUCAAUACUAUGCUUGAAGUGCAAGACAGUUUAACACUGCAGCUGUUACUUGAGAUUUGUGAAGAAAAACCUGCCGAUCAACAUAAAAGAGAGGUUCUGGCUGAAAUACAGUCGAUAACAUGCGAUUUUUUGCAUCAACUGUUUAUUGAAAACCCAAACUUGCAAAAACUACUGCAUCAACAAAGCUAUUCAACCUCCCUGAUACCAGUAGUUGUUAAGAAGAUAGAAUCCAUGCGGUAUCUUCCGGAGCUAAUACAUCAACAUGAUUAUGAAAAAAGUGCUUUUGGUCUAAUAUUGGCUUCAUACUUAUGCGAGGAAUGGCCUAUGCAGAAAACGUUGCAGAUAGCCCGCGAACAUGUCUUGCCAUCAGUACUGGAAAUAGUGACAGCUCCAAAACUACCUCCUAUCAAUUCGACGUUGUUUGAUAUUAUACGAGCAGCUAUUCGAGCAGCCGAAAAGUUCCCGGAGGAGCUGGGAGAGUUGAAAUUGAGAAUGAAGGAAGAGAUGGAUGAGUUAAAACGGAGGAUACAAGAUUUGACUACAGAGUACAACGAUACUCCCAAGGAGGAACAACAAUACUCCAAACAAGAAUGGGCGUCCAAACAAGAACGGGCGUCCAAAGAGACCGUGUGGGGCGGCACAAAUAUUCGCGUGGCGCCCCGCAAAUUGUGCGCGGCGGGAAUUUUUCAAAUUCUUCUACUACAAAAAUGUCUUUUAUCACCUUCUUCCUCGGCGAUGUCGAAAACAAACGUCUACCAAGAGGAGGUGGAAUAUCUCUUGGAUAUAUCCGAGAACCAAGGAGAAGAGACGUUGGAGGAGUGA